CAAUAACGUCUCGCUAAGUGUUUUUAAAAUCAGCCACAGAGCAGCUUCUCACACAUCACACUCACCAUCAGUUCGACGUGCAGGACUCUGCAGACAGACUCUUCAUAAACCGUCAACGGCAUCAACUCUCUGAAGUUCUACAAUGCUCUCCUCCUCCCAUCUCCUCCUCCUCCUCUUCCUCCCUCGGUCUCUGGGUUGUCAGACCGCCUCCUACACGGAGUGUCAGCAGACUCCGUUUGUACCGGGUCACAACCUGGCUGGCGAAGGCUUCAACGUGGUGAUGAUGAAGACCAGUGGCGCCAGCGUGGUCGACGUCAAGAACUUCAUGGUCGGAGGAGUUCAGGGGAACUGCACCUUGUGCCACAACAACCUCCUCAACAAGACCCAGAAACUCCCUGCGUCAAUCCUGGACUGGCGGGUCAAGGUGCUAUGCCAUCGCAAGCUAACGCGUAAGAUCUUUGAGUCCAGCCAGUCAGUCAUGGAAGACACAAGCAAAUCCCUCGGAGUCAACUGGAAGGUGGGCCUCGGCAUUUCUGGACUCGGUGGUUUUGCAAUCGGAGGAUCACACUCCACCACGUCAAAGUUUGCAGAAAGCCACAGCAGGAAAGACAAGUUCUCCUUCGUCACCCACAACUUUGAAUGCAAAUACUACACCUUCCGUCUUCACACCCGCCCUCCACUGAGUAAGGAGUUUGAGGGUUCCCUAAAGAACCUUCCCCCCACCUACGACCCCAAGAACGCUGCACCUUUCCAACAGUUCAUCUCUAUCUAUGGGACCCACUUCAUCCGGCAGGUUCACCUCGGGGGUCAAGUGACCUCCAUCACCGCCAUCCGGACCUGCGAGGCCGCCAUGAGCAAGAUGGAUGUCCACACUGUUAGCAACUGCCUGUCUGUCGAGGCCGAAGCGGUCAUCAAAGGCAUCAAAUUCGACGCAGCCCUUGGCUUCUGCCGCAACAAGAGCAGCAGCCUAAAAACAGGAGCAACCUUCAGCCAGGCCUUCUCCGACCGGACCACCAUGGUUCUGGGAGGAGACGGGAAUGUGGGGGACAUCCUGUUCAGACCCAAUGGUGCCGCAGGGUACAAGAAGUGGCUCAGUUCCCUGAUGAGGGUCCCAGGUGUGGUGUCCUACGAAGUCAGCCCCCUGCACUUGCUGUUGACAAACAACUCCACCCUAAAGUCCAACCUAGGUCAAGCCAUCAGCGACUACAUCCGCAACAGUGCGAAGUCCCUCCGCUGCCCGGCAGGAUGCAAGGUCGGCCACCAGAAACAGGACUGUGCAUGUCAGUGUAAAGGACACCGCAUGGUCAACUCCGACUGCUGCCCAGCCGAGACCGGCGUAGCCCAGCUGAAUGUGUCGGUGGUUCGAGCUGAGGGGCUGUGGGGAGACUAUGUCACCAAGACAGACGGAUACGUUAAGGUUUUCUACAAUAAACAAGUUUACACAACACGAGUGAUCUGGAACAACGACUUCCCCGUCUGGAAUGAGCUCUUUCAAUUCGAAACCGUCAACAUACGGGACAAAAAACCAAUCCGUUUUGAGGUUUGGGACCGGGACUACGGCUGGGACGACGACCUGCUCGGAAAAGCGGAAGUGGCGCCCACGACGUACCUCAAUAGCAUGAAGUUUCCGAUGAACCACGGCUCGCUGUUCAUCCAGCUGUCUGUUGUGUGUGCUCCCAGCCUGCAGGGGUCGCUGUGUGACCAGUACCUUGCUACGCCAAGCUACAAGGGCAUUAUGGGAUACAUGAAGGAAGACCGGCAGGACCACUGGGGUUCAGGGAAGUCGGGUCCUGAGGCUGAUGGGGCUCACGGCGGGUCCUGAGGCUGAUGGGGGCUCACGGCAGCUCCUUUCUUUGAAUUUCCUCUAAUCAAUACACCGCUGCCCUUCUUAAGAUUUGAUGUAUUUGCUGUUCUAGAUGUUUCAGUGCUUCUUCUUGCUUUUUGGCGCUACAGUGAUUUAUUAUUCGCUGUAAAUUGACACACACCAAUAAAACAAAGAGCUGAGUUCAAAGCCCUCAUACUUUCUCACCUUCACACACCUGACCCGUCACUGAGUGAAGAGUCUGUAACUUAAUUGACCCUUCUCUAAGCCACGCCCCUCGUAGUAACUGUUGCUAAGUCCGACAAACUGUCGGACCUGACGGACUUUAAUCACAGCGCUGCCGCUGUUUAUCACUGCACUCCCUGGAGAAAUAUUAUUGUCAAAAAGAAGCAGACAGUUUUGCAAUUGCAUUGUGCAUUUGAAGGUUGUUUUCAAGUUGUCAGACUGACUCAAACUGAUGUGAAAAAAAUAAUGAUAGAUGCUAAAGCCUACCAAUCACAGAGUAAAAGUGAACCACCGAUUAUUGACUAUUGAGACAAAACACAACGAUAUUAAGGAUCAGCACUGUUCUUGUAUAGCUGUUAGGCCUCUGUUCAUUAUUACAAUCAUUAAAAAGCAGAACAGUAGGGCUUUAUUAGCGUUAGCUAACACAGCCGACAUGUUUCUGGAUGUAUUUUAGGUUUUGGAAAGAGAAUAAAUCGUACUUCUCCUUUCAACCUCUCUGGGUAACGACUGUAACUAUUACAAGUGCCGCAGGAACAGCGUUUGACCAGAUCCAGGAAAAAUACAGCCAAAAAAAAGCUAGAAAAUGACAUUUAUGUUUCUGUAAUGUUUUUGCAGUAGCGUCAAUGGAGCGCAGCCGUGAAAGUGUCGGACCUCAGUUAGAGCGAGACUUCUACUGCGCUGUGAUUGGCCAGCCGCGUGUUCGGGGCGUGGCUUAGUGAACGGUCAAUUGUCCGAUAAAGUAAUCACUCACUCACAUCAGUGACCACGUGGUCCUCAGACCGUCGGAUCGUGAUGAUAAUGCCACAUAAUCUCACUCCCAACUCGUCACAUAUGGACGCUUGGUCAAGACCCACUGCCGUUGCUUUUUAACGCUCCAGGUACCCCAUGUUUUUAAACUUGUAGGGCUUAGACUUACAUAUGACUGUCAGCAGUCAUAUGUAAAAUCCGGUCAGACUUUCAAAAUAAAACUAGAGCUUAACAUCAUCAAAUGCUGUAAUUUGGUUCAGUUUAGGCAGCAUUCAGUAUUGUUUAUUAAAGAUAUGUAGGUUACAUAAGUUGCACCGUCCUCCUGGGUGAAAGUCCAGUUUCUGGCCCACCCCUCCACCUCCUUACUUGGACUUUACUGUUAAAUAUCCCACACCUACCUUUAGCGUUCAAAAUUAUUUUAUUUUUGUUUAUGUUUGAAAUGCUAAAUGGUCAGAUGUUAGUAUUAGGGUUUAUAUUCUUUCACAAGACAAAAAGAGUCCAUCUGGAAUUAAUUAUGUCAUUGUCGCUGAAAAACAAAAGUUUCAAGAUCUUGAGAAAAUAAUCCGGUUAUCUCAGGAGAUAAUGAUAUAAAUAACUCGAGAUCUUGAGAAAAACGCAUUAAAUUAACUCGUUAUCACGGGGAAAACGCGGGUUCAAUCCCCCCACUGUCCCAUCCACCAACAUGUCCCUGAGCAACACACCCCUAGCUGCUCCAGAGGCAUCUGACAUGCUUAGCAAUUGUAAGUAGUUUUGGAUAAAAGCGUCAGCUAAAUGAAUAAAUGUAGGGCCUCUUAGAGCUUCCAUAAGUAGUAGUGUUCAUAAUAAUUAAUAAGCACAUGCCAAUAGUAGGAGUAGGAGGUACGCAUGUUACUGGCAGUUGUCCAAAUCGCUGUCAGCAGUCAUUUUAAGUGUAACAGUUAAAACACACACUGCUGACUGUGUAACACCUACAUGCAACCACACACACACACACACACACACACACACACUGAACGUUCAGUUAUUCACUGCUGAUGCUGGCAAAUAUUUAAAGAACACAUGUUUGAAAAGCUCCUUAUCAGAAGCAGAAUGUGAAAAUAAGUAUACGACAUUAGAAGUAAAACUUAACUUAAAUGUCUUGUUAAGAGCAGCAAAGUACACAAGUAUCACCAGUAAAAGUGUACUUAAAGUAUCCAGAGUCCAUGCAGCGUGAAUAAUUAUGGAUCCCUCGAGGUCCUGAAAGACUAUUUGUGUUUUUUACAUCAUAAUAUUUUGCGCACACAACUCAUUGAUGUAAUUAAAUGACAUUACACUGAACAAGUGAAGCCAUUAAAGCAGGAUUUAUCAGCAUUAUCAACAUCUUGAAAACAUAUUCUGGUUGUUGUUGAUUUGGUAUCAUUCUUUUUUUAAGCUUUAGUAAGAGAAAGUCAUUUACACAGUUUACAGGCAAAACAGUUUCUGCUGAAAAGGAAAAACAUAUAAAAAAUCCUUCACUCCCACGGCCAUUACUAUAUUGAACAAUCACAUAUCACAUUUUGUAUUCUGCACAUGUCUGUACAAAUAAUGUGGCUAAAUUGUCUUCAGUGUAUCUAUGUUUUUUACAUGUGUUUUUAUGUCUUUUGAGCUUGUCUUGUCAAAGACAAAUUUCACUGUCACUUAUGACAGACAAUAAAGUUUUUCUUAUCCAUCUUA